CCACCGCCGCCGCCGCGGAAUGACAGCGAUAGUAGCGGAGUGACAGUGCUCGACAGUGCGCGACGAACGACGCUCGACGUGGUGUUUCUCUCUCUCGCAGACCGUGCGUUUGACACUCGACAGGAUGGAUCGCGGCUCGUAGCUCGUGCACCUCGGAGUAGUCUGUUCUCCACCGGAGACGAAUGCUUGCGAUCUCUCUGGUAUCGCUCACCGAGGUGCUAUCAGCUAUCGUGCCGUUAAGAUGAACUUAAUGAGCGAUAUGGCUCGCUACGACAGCGAGAGGUCUUUACUCUCCUUGCAACUAGAACCGUCGGUUGAUUUAGCUCCUCUCGCUGUCCCCGUCACGACGUCUCUCGUGUCGUCGACGACAACGUGUUCUGUCAGCCCAGUCAAGGUCACUGCCGAUACCAAUUGUACUCACGUGUCGAACGCUACAACUCCCGAGACUCCAACCACCACCACUUCCUCGACACCGUCUUCGUCGGACUCUCGUAUACCAAGGCCGUCGCCGACGGCCCUGCAUCGCUCGGCGAGCCUGCGCGUGCGCGGCGAACGGAUCCCACCACAUUAUACGCGAGCCAGCAGCGCGGCCAACACUCUGCUCGGCCACCUAUACCACCACCGUCGUCACAACCACCUCCUGCAGUCGCAGCAACAGCAUCAACAUCCGGACCAUCGUAUCUUCCCUGUCAUCACGGAGAAUGGAACCGACUCGCCGCGACAACGAUCUCUCAGUCUCUCACUGACACCGGCGAGGCCGCGGCCAGGUCACGCGGCCUCUGGAGGAACAACGACGGCCGGCGCCGACGACAGCGAUGCCGAGAGCGUGAAGAGUUACGGUAGUGCCUGCAGCACAGCGAGCGCCUGCGAGCACGCCUCCUUCGCGUUGAACGGCACCACUUGGUCCGGCCGGUCGCGGAAAUAUGUCGUGCACUGUUCGAAUCAUAACGACAACGAGCAAUAUCUCACACCUACGCAGAGGGCGGCCAGACAAGUCAGGAAAUUUCAGGCUUUACUGAAGGAGGCGCGCAAGGAGAUCGAGGAGAAGGACCGCGAGAUCCUGCGCUUGACCAAGGAGGUCGUGGAGUUGCGGUUGUACAAGGCUUCUCUGAACAGUCCAGAUGAGCGGACAGACAGCAGCGACGCUCUUACCGUGCGCGAGAACAACCCCUUCUCGCCGGAGUCGCCGAGCAAGGAUCUCCCCGACGAAGGCGUCGGGGAGAAGGUCGCCAGUCCGGAUACUCCGGAGAAGCGUGUAAACAGCGAUCUUCCACCGUCGUUGUCUGAUUCCGGCCACUUUGAAGAUGGUUCCGUCCAUUCGAAAGAAUCCAUGUGCUUGCCCGAGCCACAGCCGGAGAUCGCCACCGGUACGUCGACGGUCGUCACCACAGUAUCCGGCGACACUGUCACCGAUGCGAUCUCCGCGCCGCCGCCGGCGGCGAGCACGGACCGAGACGAAGAGAGGCGUCGAUUAGUUAGUCAUUAUGAGAAUAGAAUCGAAGAUAUGCAUAGGCGGCAUGUCGAUGAGCUACAGGAACUCAAGCAGAAGCACAAUGAUAAGGUGGAGAGCUUGCUGAAUCAAUUGUCCGAGGUCAAUACCCGUUACUGCGAGGUACGACCGGCCAUGGAUAUCGCGGAGGCUCGGGCGCGCGAAUUAGAAGCGGAACUAGAGGCUGUGAAGACUGAACUGAACGAGCAGAAGACCUUGUUCAGCGAGCAGGAGGAAAGGAAUAAGCAAAUGUACCUGAAAAUGUAUACCAAAGGUCAAGAAGCCGCGCGCAUCGAACAGGCUGAUCAGAUUCUCGUGCAAGCCCAGCAAUUACCGCCUAAAGUCACCGUCGCAGAACUCCUUCAGCAAUUAACCGUCACGCAAGCGGAGUUAGAAAAUAUUAAGGACACAAGCUACUCGCCUGAACCUCACAUUUCAGCCGAACAUAGCCAAAGUUUGUUAAGCGCUCAGGAGGCUGUUUCUCUCUGGGUCCUUGGCACACGUAAGGCAAUGUAUCGGCGUAUCGUAGAGGCGAGAAGCAAUCAGGGUACUCUCGAUCCAGAAAUUACCCUGCAAUUCUUAAAGUCGGCGAUCUACUAUUUCCUAACUGAUAAGGAGAAUCAUCACGGCCACUUAAACGCUAUUGAAAGUAUCCUGGGCUUCACGGAGGCGGAAAAGCACAACAUCGAUAAACUUUAUCGAUCGGCGAGAAAGUAACGCUUUCUGAAAGCCUUCAAUAUGAAAAUGUUAUAUCAUUGCUGACGAAUGGUGUUAGGUUCAUUCGAUUUAAUGCCUGAAUUUCAAGAUGCUUGUUUUAAUUCUUUGGUAUUUAAAAGAAAAGUAAGAGAACAUUUUCAUUCAGUUUGAAAAAUAUGUGUGAACUUCAUGAAUACUUCUUAUAAACGAAACGACGAAGAGAGUUUUUGAUAA